GAGUCGAAUGAGCAACAGAGAUCUCAGUUUUGACAGCGCCGGGCUUAGCAACACUGAAAGCCACAAGGAGCCCUUUAGCUAGCUAGCUGCUAAACAAGCAGAAACAAACGUUUUUCAGACGAUGUUUCUUUGACAAGAAAUGAACACCAGGAGGGAGGCGACGAGAAAAUCUGGAUGAAUUGGUGGACCAUACGCCUGGCUGAAGAAAAAAACGUCUGCUUCAGAGAAAGCACUCGAACGUUAGUUAGCUAGCUAAUGUAGUGGAUUUGACUUUCUCAGUCAUAUGGUCCUACGCUUUCCUAUUUAAUGGAUGGGCUUCGUUCAGCAAGCAGUGUUUUUAAGGCUAUUUAACUUAAAAUCAAGAAUUUAGCGAGCUAGCCAGGCUAUUGGCUUGAACUUGCUAGUUAGCUAGCUUACUAGCCAACGUUAGCAAUUGGACCAGCACUUGAUAUUCAAUCUUCCUGCCUCUUCACUUUUAAAUUCAGGAAUUUGCGGCAGCGCAAGCGGAUGCAGCGUCUGUUUCAAUAGCUCAGCCAGCCCUGCACACCCAUGGUCCAGCAGGCAGCUGAUGGAAGAUCUGGUUCCCAACGUGCCCACCAUGGUCUCCAGGCUGCCCAAGUUUGGCUCGCGCCCCGCAGCUGUGGCUGGCACCGCCCCACUGACCAAUGGGACCCACUACCAAUGCGUCUCCAUCACCACUGGCAAAGGGUUACCCACUUCCACCACCAGGCACAACGGGACAAUGCGGAUGCCCCCCUCCUCCUCUCUGAAGUGGAAGAAGGGGAAAGGAGGAGAACCUGUGGAGAGGGGGGUGGACUCAGGGGAGGAGGGCGGAACUGGAGCUGGGCAUCACCUCCGACAACUGCAGCACUCACCAAUGGUUGUACGGGAGAUUAAGAAGCCAUCCACCAUGCCUGCCACGGUUAAGGUACGGGGGUGUGCUUCUGCGGUAUCCUCCACCAGCCCCAGGACUAUACCCUCCAAAACCGGGCCUCACGGGGCCAUCCCCAAACAGGCUUUGUCUGGACAGAGUCUCUGCAACGGCAAAGCAGGCCUCAACGGCCAGUCGGGUGGUGAUGGACGGUUUGUGUCUGGGAAUGGCUCCCUCAGGCGGGGCCAGAACUGUGGUUCCCCCUACAGCAACCUGACCAGCAGCCUGUCCCACUCCCAGUCCAGCGACAGCCUGGAGACUGCCUCGGAGGAGAACAUGGUGCGCUCCCGGAGCCUCACCCACGUUAAGAGGAUCCCCUCCCCCACCCAGCCGCCCAUCAUCCGCUCCUACUCCUUCAACAGGGCCUCAGAGCUGGCCAAGGAGCUGUCCAGGCCUCUAGCCAAGUCCCCACUGGUCAAGACAUCUCCCCUGGCCAGACCGACACCUGUGCUGAGUAGUGCAGGGAGAAGGAACGGCCUACACCUCAUUAUAGGUGGACGUGGACUAGCACCAGGCAGGGCUGUGGUGGGAACAACUAGCUGCAUCUUGCCCCCCACCACACUGAGGAAUUCCUUACUACCCAGUUCAGCCUCCUUCACCACCAAGCCCUCGGCCAUCAGCUACAGACUCACACGGCCCUCCCUCAUCAAGCAGCCUCGCCCCAUCUUGGCCUCCUCUACCGAGAAGGUCCAGGGCAGCACAGAGGAAAGCGAGGGGAGGAGGAACUCGGUGGAGACACCCCCUGUCACCCCAGACCCAUCCAGCACCAAUGACAGCCCAGGGAGCACCCCAGAGGGCCUAACAGAAGGCCUACAAGAAGAAACUGCGGCCCCCAGCGGGGUGCGUCCCCUGGGGGAAGGCCUGGAGGACAUGUCCCUCUCCUCCACCUCCUCCCUGGAGCGCAACGAUACCAGCGAGGAGUACAUCGACGACUUUGACAACCUGGGAAACGGAGGAGAUGGCAUUCUGCUGCUCCCUGCCCAUGAUGGAGGGCUCGACCAAUCACACUCUGUCUUGGCAGGUGAUGAUAACGCAGAUGUCAUCCACCGUCAUGGUGGAACCUCCAUGAAGGGCCUUCACAGCUUCCUGUCUGACAGUGUAGACUGGGCUGGAAUGGGACUCACUGGAGGUAGAGGGGGCUUAGGGGCGUUGUCUCGGCGUGCUAGCCAGGCCCUGUCCGGGAGUGCAGACUACCCUCUCGGCUCUUCCCUCGACUUGUCUCCCUCAGACUCAGGCUCGGGGGGGACCUACAUGUGGGACGAGGAGGGUCUUGAGCCCCUGGGGACCACCACACACCCCUGUGGGAGCUACAACUCAGACCUCAACAGCAUGGACAUACUCAACAACCUGGAGAACCUAGAGUCUGGGUGUGACCUGGACGAAGAUGACCUCAUGCUGGACGAUGACCUCCCUGAGGAUGGCUCAUUGCACAGUGAUACUGAUGGGAUGUCCCAUCUGGCCCUCUGGAGGAGGAGACAGCUCUGUUGGACUGUAGAGGACCAACUCCACAACGACAACAGUAGUGACUGUGGGUUCCAGCCGUAUGAUGGGUACCAGGGUCAGGGCACAGGCUUGGCAGCCCCUCACCAGGCUGUGGAGCUGGAUGAGCUGACACUGAAACACAUGGCAGAGGACUGCUGCUCUGUAAAGGCCCAGCUAGAACACCUUAAACUACUGCUGCAGAUGGAGGAUGGUAGUGAUAUGGACGACACUCUGACUCUGGAUACCUUGAGUCCAGAAUCCAGAGAGGACCCAAUUCAAGCUCGACAGGUGGAGGAGCUGUUGAAGGAGGUGCAGGAGCUGAGAGAGGAGCUGAGGAGUAAAGACAGGACCAUUGCUCAGCUGACCCAGCAGAUGGCUGUUCCUGUCAAGGCCACGAGAUGCCACUGCCAGCAGCACAGUCCACCUGGAAGAGUUGUGGAAAGAGUGAUGGUGACCUACCAUGACAAGGCCACACAGACUCCACCAUGGAGGGGACAUGUUCCUCAAAUACUACAGCCUUCCAGGCCAUGGCCCAACAGCAUGCAGCAACCCCACUCCCAGGAAAGAUUAACAAACUCAGCCCACACCGAGGCCCCCAGUGAGCCCGCAUCCUCUAACCCUGGCUGUGGCUGGGGGGACAGUCUUGUCAGCAGGGCCCAGCACAGCUCCCUCCCUGGCCCCAGCUCUGGCCUGGCUUGCCCUAGCCCUACCUCCACCUCUGCUCCUCCUGCUGGCUGUGUCCCAGGUCUAGAAGAACUCAGCCUCUUGCUCAGCACCCAGCUGAAGAUCAGUGACUCUGAGGGUCCGGAGGGCCGGACAUGUUCUCCUCCCCUCCCUGGAUCAAGACUCCGGCUGGACUCAGCCAAAAGGAUCCCUGCCCCUUGUCUCCCGCAGUCCCCCGGCUCUCUGAAGAAAGCCUCCAUCCUUAAGAGGCCACAGGAAGGCCCACCCACCACCACAACCACCACCACCCAGUCGUCCAUGGCAGGCUUCCCCAGGGUGGUGAGAGGAAUCCAGGGUAGGGGCGGUCUCAGGCCGGGCCUCAUAGCUCCACAGUCCAAGCUGAGGCAGCUCCCACCUCCCUCCAGAGGUCUGCCCUGCUACAGCUCCACGCCCCAGUCCUCUGACUCCUUUCUGGGCCCUGCCCUGCCCGCCUUCCCCCGGCCCAGAGCACCCAGACAGACUCCAGGCCUCAGAGAACCAGAGAGUGGUGGGCUCAAGGCCAGAGGUCUAGUCCCUCCCAGCCUCUUACGACUCCCCAAGCCAAAGGGCCACUGACUGCUAUCUCUCAACUCUCAAACACUGCCCUCUAGUAAGGCCACUCAGCACCACCCUCUACCCACUCAGACCCAAAAUAUCAGACUUCUUCUAGAGGCUUCCGGCCUCCCCUUAGUAAGGUUACCGUGUCUAUCCUGUGAGAAAGGAAGACAUGCAGAGUUCUUCCCUGAACAAGUCAAGAUCUUCCCUGAACUCUGAAUAUUUUAACCUUACAAAUAGAUAAACAUCUUAGUUAGCAACCUCAACCACCUUAGCUAUUUGAUCCCUGGUUCAUUGAAUGAGGGAAUUAUUUUAUAAAGACAUAAAAAGUAUUUGGUUGUAAUUGUAAUGUUGCAGGGUGGCCAACCAUCCUCCAGGAGAUUCCAGGAGAGCUACUGGGUGUGCAGGCUUUUGCUCCAGCCCUGCUCGAACACGCCACAUUAUAACAAAUCAAUUGCUCAACAACUUUUUGAGCAGGGAUGGAUCAAAAGCCUGCACACCCAGUUACUCUCCAGAUGGAAGGUUGACGGGCCAUGUGUUUUAUACAGUAGCCUAUCAGUGCAGUAUUUUACUUUGUGGGGGGUUAAGUGCCUUGCUCAAGGCCACAACGGCAGGAGAUACUGUAUAAUACAUGGGAUCAGAGACCAGCAGCCUUCCAUUGCCAAUACCAGUGAUAAUAAUGGUUAUUUUUAAAAAGCGGUUCAUUGCAUGAUACAACACAAUUAUCAGUCAUGUUUUUGGCCCAUGGUGUUAGAUCUUUUUUUUUUGGGGGGGGGGGGGGGACAAGUGACUUGAGCUUUCGGGCAAGUAAAAAAUCAGUCCUACUUGUCUGAAGGACAAGUGGCUAAAAAAGUUAAUGUCAAGCCCGUCUUUACUUACCGAACAACUGCCUGUAUGUAGUGGUUGGGCUUAGUAUAACUUUGAUUUCUCUAUAGACGGGAACUUUCAUUUACCUGAUAUACACUCUGUGAACAGUGUGGUAGAGGGAUUAAGACAAUAUAACACAGCAAAACAGUGAAACGGUUAUGGGUACAGAGAAUCCCUUUUGACUUUAAGGGGAACACUUUUAGAAGUGCUGAUAUUUUUGAGAGAAUAUAGUUAGUUACAUCAGAUAUUGUCCCUGUGGCUAAACUGGGGGGAUUCUAAGAGCUGAGUGAUGUUCUAAAGUUCCCCUUGCUACACAGCCAGUAUUAUGUCUCUCUCACAGGAGGUUGGUGGCACCUUAAUUGGGGAAAAGGGGCUUGUGGUAAUGACUGGAGUGGAAUCAGUGGAAUGGUAUCAAAUACAUCAAACACAUGGUUUAUGAGCUGUUCUCCCCUCAGCAGCCUCCUGUGGUCUCCGGUUUCGAAACACCUUUAUUAUUUCUGCCUUGUACCCUGAGAAUGCCUUAUGUUUUUAAGUGCACUCUCAAAAGUGGCUGUAUUUUGCACUAUACCCUUCUGUCUACCGACAGUCUGUCUAUAUGUCUUUCUGUCUAUGUGGUGUUGCAGUUUGAUUGCGACACAGGGAUAACAAAGAGAUCAGAGGAGCCAUCUUGUGCAAUUGGUGCUCUCUGAGCCGUCUUUGUUCCCCCGUGCUUCCAUCAUGAGCAGGUCUAGUUUGGUCUGUGGGUAGAGGGUCACCCACAUGCUACCUUAAUGAGGCUGCAGUAGAGAAGAGCUCAGCCUCAGCCCAACUACACAGCAAACGUGCUUCAGGCCAGGUCCCUGAAUAGAAGGGGACAGAAAGAAAGGGAAAUAAAUAAUGUCCUAGCAUGAAACAAUAUUGCUGGUGUAAUGCGGAGGCUGGUGGCGACUUCCAUGUGAUUCCAUAAUGGUUCCGAGUUGAGUUGGAUCCAGUUGGCAUGGUAACACGGCUGAGUGGCACGAGGAUGUCGAGUGGGUUACGCACAUGCUCAGUGUGUCCCUGUCGACAGCAGGGCCAGGCAUGCUCCUAAGACAUCCGCUGAGGCUUAACCCUCCAUUUUUUCUACCUGAAUCCCUCUGUUAUUGUUCACUACUUCUCUCACUCCUUCCUCAAAGGGGGAUAGACUAACGAUGAGUGCAUCACGGUGGGUCAGAGUGUCAAGGAGGGUAGAGAGGGACACAAUGACUCAUUGCUCUUCUUCAAAGCCAUCAUGUCUAACUACUUCCGGAUCUGUUACUAUGUUAAGUCCUUGAAAGCUUUAAGUAGUAACCUAAUGGGCACCAUUUAUACCCUUGAACUAUCAGGUCCUUAUUUACUUGAUGAUGUCAUAACUGAUCUUUGAUCCCAUGUCUUAUGAUCAGUUGGCUCAGUGUACGUUGUCAAAUGCUCUGAGGAACAUAAUCACCCAGUCAAAACGGUCUCAAAGAUAAAAAAUGCCUAUUUCUGUAACUUCAUUUGGCAUUUCUUCUUCCCCAACUAAAACUUUACGUGCUUUUCUAUGCAACACAGUUGUGCCCUACUCAUGGAAGAUAAGUCACAGUGGUACAUAGUCAUCGGCAAUGAGCUGGUUGCCUCCCUGAACCGCUCUCGUUAUGAUCAUAUGUAAAGCCAGAUAUAAGUGUACUUGAAAUCUGAAGCACUUGUUUUGCUGCUACAAAGCUCCUGAAGUGUUUGUCUUCCCAUUCCUAAAUGAUAGCAAGCCAUGCCCCAUAAGGGUCAUCACGAGGCCUCACUUUACACAUUUUGUCAAGCGUUGUGAAGUGCUUUCUGCAGCAACCCUACAAAGCAUGUGUACAACAUCACUCUGAUCUGAAUCUGUCUCAGGACCUGAGAAACGUCACCCCAAAUCAACUCUGCUAUUUGGAAUUCAAGGCUGCUUCCCAUCCCACCCAGAUAAGUACAACAUACUUUUCAUACAUUUAAUCUCUUCAAUGAUGAACAAACAACAAACUAUUUGAGGUUUAUGUCGGGAUAAGGAAGAGAUUAAUUUAAUCAAUUCCUGUUUGACCGUCAGAGAGUCCUUGAUUUAAAGGAUUUAGAAUGUUCAGGGGAGGGAAUAUUUGUAUAUUAACAAGAACUUAACAGAACCUCUAACAUGUUUAUCUCUGAGACAUUCUCACCCGAAACCCCCAAAAUAGGAGUGAAUUAAAGUUAUUGAGAAGGGUUGGGAUUUGUUAGUCAUGCAUUAUUAUUUUCCGGUUGUCUAGCUUUGCUUGGCUUACCAUAUUAUGGUAUGUAGAUUAAACAAAUGUCAAAUAAAUAACUUGCCCUCGAAAUGACUGCAUGGGGUAGCAUCACGUAGCAGCAUUCACCAUAUAGCACUCUUGCUGUUCUUGUGUAUUACAGAAGUGCCUGCUUUUGUGACUUCCUUUCCCGCAGUCCUGAACAUAGAUACAAGUUGGGUAUGUAGAUGAGUGUGGUUCUGGAGUUUGGUCCCAUUGCAGCCUUCACAGAGGAAUGGUACAGUACAGCCGGCCCAGCUGUGUUGCUGAAUGGAGGAAGGGAGUCUGCCUUGGGUUCACAGGUGUAUCCCACUCCUUCCUGUAUCUGGCUGCCAGUGGCGCUCCCUCCGCCCCUCUACAGGGUUCAACACAGGGAUGCAUUAUGCUCUCCCAGGCUAUCAGAUGUUAGCAUGCCAGCCUCACUUAGUAUUCACUGUCCCAGACUCACACAGACUCACACAGUCUGACUGGGAAGGGCAAACCUGUUUGUGUCUCUGUCUCACUACAGAAGCAUCCUCUGUAUUCAAACAGCAGGCCAUGCUAUGCUUCCAGUGCUGUCUCAGCUCUGACGUUUUGAAUUUCAAGUGUUCAGAUUUGCUUUGCUGUUGUCUCGAUGCGCUCUGGUGUGCCCCCUCGUCCUUGUGAGCAGUCUUAAGUAGAUUUGCUGCUGUCCUGCUUGUCUCUUCCCGACCUCAGAACAAAUCUCAGUUUUAAGGCUAAUUUUACUUGCUUUUUGGCUCCUCAGUUUUUUUAAACUGGAAAUGCUGAAACAGUAGUUUCAUUUGUGAAAUGACAUUGUAAACGGCGGCAUGUGUUUGCUGCUCAUUACGAGCUGUUCAAUUAAUGUUUAAUGUUCUUCAUUAUCUCAAGUGGCACCCCAUUCCCUUUUAUAGUGCACUACAUUUGACCAGAGCCUUAUGAGCGCUGGUCAAAAGUAGUGCACUAUAUAGGGAAUAGGGUGCUAUUUGGAACACAGAUGUGUCCCCCUGUGCACUGCUCCUUAACUCUGGAGAACUAGGACUCUCCUUAUGUAAAUCACCAUCUCACAGAUGUUGGGGCCUGGAGUUUUUCCCGACCUCGUGACCUGCCAAGGAAAAAUUGGGCUAUCACUACCCCAGAGUUUUUUUUGUUUUUUUUGUUUUGUUAAGGUCACUUGGUAAUUAGAAAGUCCUGGUCACUUAGCUUAUGGACAGUGGGGACUGGGUUUAGUUUGUGGUCCAUAAUCUUCCACUUUGUUGUUGUCAUCUGAUAUCACUGCUAUAAACUUAAAACUCCAUAACAUGAGUCUGUUCUAUAUACACUAAUCAAUAUGGCAGAUAUACUGUACUGUAUGACUACUGUCCUGUUUCUUUCACCUCAUUUGCAUCACAUUGACUUUACAUUGUACUGUAUAACUUACUUUCCUCACCUAGGAAACUAAAACGUAGAGAGUCUGCUCACAGGAUCGGUUGUGUUUCCUCAUCUAUUUGUGUUAUCUUCCUGCCAGUUCUGUUUUAAUUCCAUGUUUACUAUAAUGUUAUUUAAUAUGUGCAAUACGAUAACGAUUUAGAGCAUACUGUUGUGCACAAUGCUAAUUAUUUAUGUCUAUGAUAUACAAUAUCUAUAUCUGUGUGUAAUUGUCACUGAAUUCUUGUGAGCUUGUCAAAAAAGAAACAUCUCAAUCUGAAAUGCACUUUAAAUGACUGUGUUGAGAGACUGAAUAUGAAUUAAUGAACUUGAAAACGUGUUGAACUACUUUUUGUUUUGAUCCCGCUCCCCACCCUUUUUGCUGUGAUCUCUCUGAGGCUACGGAGUUGCUGAGCGCUCAAAUAAAGACUGCACUCAA